UCUGGAGUAUUUACAGUACAUUUUGAAUGCUUUACCAGACUAUAAGCAAUGGGACUUGUGAGUCACAUCAUUUGACUCAACUCACCCGUACGAGCCGACUCUCCUAAACGACACAGUUUAAUGAAAUCAUAUUCGACUUUUUUAAUCAAACAAAAUAAUACCUUGCUUUACAUUGUCAAAUACAGAAAGCAUCCAACUAGAGUAUACAUUACAGCGCAAAUGGAAAUAAAAUAGCCUUUCCAGGAAAAUAAAACUCGCAUAUACGAAUCGGCACCUAAAUAGUCAAUUCAAAGAAUCGACAAACCACUCUUCUGGGAACAGAGAGUCUUCUUGCAGCUGAAUCAGGCGUAUUAGUUGUAUGAUGAACAGAGGUGCUCGGUGAGAGGAACUGGAGAAAAAAAACACAGAAGUUCAGGUCUCGGAAAUGGCAAACUAACUGAACUACCAGGGAACCAAACAAGACUACAAAUCACGUAAAGCGCGAACAGACACAGUGCUCGGACAUUUCUUCUGACGAGGACUCUACAUUCUCAGAUCAUCCUCCAUGAUGAGAUUGUGGAUCAGCAUCAUAGACAGAUGAUGUCGAAUGGAAAUCAUAGACAAGGAGAAGGAAGCUGACUGGAUUAAAGUUGCUUCUGUUUUGCCAUCUUCAGCAUCACAAUGGUCUGCAACGUCAGUUCAGGAUGUGUCCUACCAGAACAUCACACACUCAGAUAUGUGACGAAUAUCACUGGGCUUCAGGAAACUGUAAACUCCACUUUACCUAUCAGCCUGAAGGUUGUACUGUCUGUUAUAAUGGUGGUCAUCAUCGCCAUCGGUUUUCUCGGAAAUGCCAUCGUCUGCCUCAUAGUUUAUCAAAAGCCAGCGAUGCGUUCUGCCAUCAAUCUGCUACUAGCCACGCUGGCUUUCAGCGACAUCAUGCUGUCACUCUUCUGCAUGCCCGUGACUGCUGUUACCGUAGUGUCUGAUGAUUGGCGUUUCGGACUGGACUUUUGCCGCAUCACGCUCGUGCUCUAUUGGCUCUUUGUUCUGGAAGGUGUUUCCAUCCUUCUGAUCAUCAGCGUGGACCGAUUUCUCAUUAUCGUGCAGCGGCAAGACAAGCUGACCCCGAGUCGCGCUCGUUUGCUCAUCUCUGCUUCCUGGUUGCUCUCCUUCUGCUUGGCGUUGCCUGCUGCUGGCAGCGUGCCAACUCUUCAAGCUUCAUGCUGCGUCUUGGGCUACAUCGAGUCCCCUAAUCGUGGCUACACACUGCUGCUGGUCAACGCUGUCUUUUUCGUGCCUGUGAGCGUCAUGUUGGUCUCCUAUUUGCGAAUCCUAAACACGGUGCGCCGCAACGCCUUGCGUGUCCACAAUCACACCUUUCCCAGCCCUGAACACGGAGGAAAAGUGAGUUUACCGGUCCUGAGGCGUCCCCCACCGCUCAACGUGGAUGUCAGCUUCAAGACGCGAGCCUUUACCACGAUCCUUAUACUUUUUGUUGGCUUUACCGUGUGCUGGCUUCCCCACACGGCACUUGGCCUCCUGGCUGCUUUCAAUCAGAAAUUCUACACAAGUAGGGAGUUUUACGCAGCAAGUGUUGGGGCAUUGUGGCUCAGUUACAUGAAGGCUGUGUUUAACCCUGUGGUGUACUGCUGGAGGAUCCGCAAGUUCCGUGAGGCCUGUGAUGAAUUUGUGCCCAGGAGCUUUAGGAUGCCCAGGCUGAGGGCACGCGGUGGGCCCAGGGUUCGUCCCUGCAGCAUCUAUGUCUGCGCUGAGAGCCAGUCGGCCAUGUGACACUCUUUCUGUGACGAUACAAUCAUACAUUCAUCUUCAGUAACCUCUUGAUCCUUGACAGAGUAACAGUACAUCUGGAGCCUGUCUUAGGGACACUGGACAAAUAAGGUGGGAAUACAGUCUGGAUAGUACAUUGGAGUGCACCUUAAGCACACAUUCACACUCCUCCACACCUAGGAGCAAUUUCUGAGCCAGGACACAGGAAGAAUAGUGCGCAGACGUGACUCCAACUCAGGAUUGAACUAGGGACAAUGGAGCAGUGACACAUGACAUGAAACAAGAUGUGUCUAUUAUGAGCUUUUUAACUGUUUGUAAAAAAAAAAAAAAAGAAGCUGCUGCUAGAGAGUCACCAUAAACAGUGUCUGUGCUAUCCAAAGUAUCACAGUGCAAAGGUCAAGCUUUUCAUCAUGAACCUUUUUGAAUAUUUAAUAUUUGACAUGCUUUGGAAAAUCUGGACUUCUCUUUAUUUUCAUCUUGGAAUUAUAUUUAUACCAGACUUACAGAUGGGUAACUUGAUUUAACAAAAAUAUAUAUCAUACUGCUAUACUUGAAGCUGUAACUCCAACAUUUUGAUUUAAUAGUUUGAGAAAUCGUUCAGUUUGCCGAGCACCAACAAAACGACGGAAACGCUGACGGAAAACCAUACAGCGAGACUUUAGGCAUAGUAUCGAUAUUUUGAGUUCAUGUUACCAGUUCAGAGGUUUACAUAUCCCUAUUUAGGGUGAGCUGUGUUCUCUAUUAUACAAGUAAACACAUAUUGGGUAUUACUUGUAGACCCUUUGCCUUUAACAAACACCAUUAAUACUAAACCUCAGUGUAAUAAGUGGCUCUGCAGAGCCCAGAUUCUUGCACAUUCUUCUUGACCUUGAUGUUUAUAUCUCAGCCUCGGUACACACUGCCUACAUCAGGCCCGAUGAUCGGGAGACUGAGAGGCACGGCACAACUUUGGGAUUAUUAAUGCCUUGUGUUUUGGAUUGCUGGUUUCUUUAACAACACCUCCAACGAGGAGGUGUCUUUUCUUUCUUUUUUUCUCCUUCGAAGUAUUACAGCCUUCAGCUGUAAGUAGAGAAAUUUAGAUUAGAGUUUGGAGAGUUCUUACAGAACCUGACGAUACCGAUGCUCAGAAUGUUAUAGAUAGCGACAUGGAUCCGUUGAUCUCGUUCCCUUUUAUCAUCCAGCCCUAAACACUCGUACAAGUGGCUACAAAUGUAAUCUGAGGUAUUUUUGGCCUGCUGAUAAAACUGAGCCUUUAAAUGAUUGUCUUUCCACUGAAAAAUCCACUCAAUCACUUAAAUAUUAAUCUUUCUAAUUACUUCAGUCGUGUGCGAGAUUUCAUUUGUAAUGGAAUUCUGAGUUGACCUUUUUUUUUUUAGUUGAAAUAUCUUUCGUUGCUUUUACAACCUUCCGAUCGAUAGUCCAACACCACCUGCUAAUUUUUCAUGGAAAUACAGAAAAAACAUUACUGACAAAUCAGUGCCAUAAUUGUUCACAGAAAUGUUUUUUUUUCUUCUUCUUUAAGGCUGCACGAAUGUAAAUAUUAGUUCCAGGUUUUGUACCCAAAGAUACACAAUAUCUCACCAUUAACAUAAGCAGUCAUGUUUAUUAAAAUGGACAUCUUUACAUUUGUACAUUCCAACUACACGGCCAUCGAUUUACAAAGCGACAGACAAUUAUAAAUACAGUAUGUACAAGAGUAGAUAUGCGUUUAGAAAAUAUUCGAGUGGAUAGAAAGAUGCAGACCGAUCCCGUCUGCAGGAGUGAGAGAGAUUUCGAGAGUUACAUGUUAGACCAGGUUACGUGUUGCAUGACGACGUUCGGGGUCGGGUUUCUCAAAAACAAGCUGUCUUCAUUCUAAGAGAGAAGAUAAUCGUAUCACUACAGUGUUUUCGAAAAAACCUGGCCCCGGAUAUUAGACAUUGUCAAAACAAUCGAACAGAUUUGACGUUAAAAGUGUGAAAGUUUGUUUGUCCGGUUGUCUAUGCAUAACACUUAUUUUAUUUAUUUUUUUCCAUUUUUUUUGUACGGUGAAAUGUUUACAUCCAAUAAAAGCUGAGCCUGAAGCAGUCCAUAAGCAGGUGUCAGUGUCUCUCCAUGAGCAGGUGCAUGUCUUUGGUUCCUGCCCAUGCAUUAAUCUGUGUAUUAACAUUGUAGGCAGUGGUUAUACUGUGCUUGAGGUUUUAGAACGAGUCUUGGCCGGGGACGUCGUCCUCGUCGCUCUCACUCCCAGUCUCUUACACGUUUUCUCUCUUCUUCAGAAGCACCCAUGCAUUCCCAAUCUACAUACGCAGGUCACAAAAUAUAUUCAGAAACAUACUGCAGUUAGUAGAGCGCAAGUCAUAAUCUCGCAAGACCUCCGUUGCAUUCGUUAUGCUAUUCAAUACCUUUAGGAGAAAAAAAAACGAGAUUAGUCACAGCUUAGCAUUUAAAAUCACGACUCACGGCUCAAACGAAGGACUCGAAGAGAAAUGUGCUUAUGCAUAUCUGCAAUUUGUUUGGACAGAACACACAAUCGUGGGAGGACAGUUCUCCGGUGUGUGUGAGUAUGUGUGUUAAACUGUCCGGUUAUGUAGCACGAGUAUGAAAAAGAUGCAGUGGCUUCCCAUUUCUCAGAGGAGGUAUGUUCAGUAUAAGCUAGCUAGAGACCAGCAAUUAAAUCAUUUAUUUUUGAAUAUCCACGUUC